AAGCUGUAAUGAAGAUUAUGCAAUACAUAGAUUUGCCGUUCCCCCUGCUGGCAUUCUUUCUGCAAUUUGUGCCACUAUUCAUACGGGAUUUUGUAUACGAGAAUAUUGCAGAUAACAGAUACAACUUGUUUGGACAUCCGUAUGCGUUUUUGCAAAGAGACCAUGAGGAUGACUUGCCCGACACUGUGUCGAAGGGUUACGUUAUGUUCAAAUCGUCGAGUACGAUUCCCGUGCAAGGGACAGCUUUGUUGCACCUCAGUAUCACACUAACGUUUCUAUUGCUUGCUGAUGUUCCCCUCAAAUGUCUGAACGCCACGUCACUCACAUUCACGGACGAAGUCUGA